AUGUAAUAAAUUGUACUAGUAAAAGUUUUAUAAUAGUAAGAAAAUUAAGAUACUUACAUAAUAAAUAUAGUAAAUUUGAAUAGUAGUUUAAUAAUAAAUAUUAAAUUAGGUUAGUUCAUUAGUAAGUUAGAUUAGUUAUUAUUGAUGCUUGAAAUAAUUGCUAAUUAAUUUCUUUUUUUGUUAUAAAUUUCAAAAAUUUUAGUUUGUAUAAUUUUGAAGUUAUAAUUCUUUAUUUAGUUCAUAUAAAACGGUAUUUCACUUGUUUGUUAAUAUUUUUAUUAUCAUUAUUAUUCUUUUCUUAAAUCUCAUAUUAUAAAUCACUAUUUAGUUAAUUUUUAUUAGUACUUGAUUACAUGUCUUAAAAGGAGGAGUCUUGCUGUAAAUCAUUUUAAAAUUUUUAUAAUUGAUUACUUGAAAUACUUUCAUUUUAUUAAAGCAUCUUUAUUUUUUUAGAAGGUAAAUUCUAAUUUGAAUCUAUUUUUAGAAGCUCUUAUUUUCUUUUAAAAUUUCUUUUUUUUAUUUUUGGCUUUAACUUACCCAACAUAUUUACAACUUUAAUUUGAUUAGCAACCAUAUGAAGUUCAUCAUUGUUUAUGUCAUUGCACUCUAUCUUUUGAUUUUCUUCUAGCUUUAGAAAGUUUUUUAAUAAUAAAUUUUAAUCUGAAUAUUUUUCUAAUUUAAUUUGCUAUCCAUAGUAUUAAUUUGCUAUCUAAAAAUAAUCUAAAUUAAUAUUUGGAGGAUUUUAUUUUAUGUUUUUAUAAUUUGCAAUUUUUAUAUUUUUCUUCUAUUUUUAUGUUUCACUGA